UCUCCAAUCUAGCCUAACGCGACUUUGAUCAAGAUCUCCAUAUAGUCCUAAGUCCCAUGGCGCGUGGCAAAAUUGUGGAUCAGAGAUAGCAUCUGGCCAACCAGGUGAUCGACACUUUGUCUGAGGGGAGAAAAAAAAAAUCAGAAGACAGCAACGUACCUUUGCAUCCAUGCUGGACCUGAUCAGAAGUCACUCUGAGCCUCCAGGACUCGACGUGGACUGUGGACUGUGGAUUGCGGAAGGGAGUGAGGUUGUUGUUGAUGUUGUUGUUUACUCCUAUGCGACCUGCGCAAGCAGCAGUCCUCGCAGUAGCUUAAAGUUAUACUAAAAGCGGCGGCCCCAAACAAACAACCACAACAUCCACGCCAAAUGCAGAACUCGAAGAAUUGGCUCAGGAACGGAAGACAAGCGCUGAUUCGGGCACGAGGCUUUUUGGCAAAGAGAGUCAGGAAGAGAGACAAGAAGAAUGAAGCGCGAGGACAAGCAACGAGGAGGAAAGGGAGGGGAGGGAGAGAGCGCGACAAGGACAAAAACAUACAGGAGCAGCAGCAGCAGCAGCCGGCGGUUGGUUGGCCGGCAACAAAGGCAUUACCCAAAACGGUCACCUUCCUUACUUGCCAGCUGCCCGUGGUUACCGGCAACAACCAGCAGUAUGCUUAUGUCAUCUGUUUGUCUGAUUUGCUUUGUUUGUUCCCCUCUCUCGGCUCGAGUGACAUCACUCAGCGCGUCUUCCCGCCAGCACUUCAUUCUUCUUCCAUGCAGAUAUUUGACGCCCCUUCGAUAUAUGACCCUAUUCUGCAUGGUCAUCUUAGCCUUCACAAUAAUGCGAUCUCAUCCCUAAAUUACAUCAAUGCAUUUUUGCUUCUGGCGGGAGCGUACAGGGGCUGGGAUAUGUACUUGUGGGAGACGCGCCGAGCGACACGAAACCGCCCGCUCCAGGACGCGAAACCACGUGACCAUCCCGGGCGCUACACUCCGCCAUUUCGCUGGGGCAGUCGAUGCUCGAGAUCGCAAGGGUUAGAAAAUCGGCGAGAACACCUGUGGUUCGUGGCUACGAAGCGCAAAUGUUCCUGAGGAGGUAAUUGAAGCCAUGCCAUAUACAGCCG